UAGGCUAACCUCGAACACGGCAUUCUACCAUCGUCAAACGGCUUGUGGGUUCGACGAAAAGUUCGUUUUUGAAACGUUUUACGAUUGACGAAAGACAGUUUAGUUUUUUUCUUUAUUAUUCGUUAAACGGCGAGCCAUUUUCCACGUCGUUCGAUGACCGACUGAUAGAAACUAAAAAGAUAUGGCGAUCCCACCGUAUCUGCUUGGGGCCCAUCCAUGGGCCUCAGCCGCUAUGAUGGUGCAGGCGCAGCAGCAGCAACAGGCAGCUGCUGCUCAACAGCUCGCCCAUGCUGCUGCUCAUGCUCACCAGUUGGCGGCGUUGCAACACCAUCAGCUGGCUGCUGCACAAGUUGUCGCUGCCAGUCAGGUGGCGCAGGCUCAGGUACAGCCCCCUCCCAAGCUCCCCGAGCCGAUCACCGAUGACAAACUACAAGAGAAAGCUCAAAAAUGGCAGCAACUUCAGUCAAAACGAUUCUCCGAGAAAAGAAAGUUUGGAUUCGUGGAUGCACAGAAGGAAGACAUGCCUCCAGAGCACAUCAGGAAAAUUAUUAGAGAUCAUGGAGACAUGUCUAGUCGCAAGUAUAGACACGACAAACGAGUUUACUUGGGGGCUUUGAAGUAUAUGCCUCAUGCUGUAAUGAAACUCUUAGAAAAUAUGCCCAUGCCUUGGGAACAAAUCAGGGAUGUAAAAGUUCUCUAUCACAUUACUGGUGCCAUUACAUUUGUAAAUGAAAUACCUUGGGUAAUUGAGCCAGUUUAUAUAGCACAGUGGGGAACUAUGUGGAUUAUGAUGAGAAGAGAGAAGAGAGACAGGAGGCAUUUCAAGAGGAUGAGGUUCCCUCCAUUUGAUGACGAAGAGCCUCCUUUGGACUACGCUGACAACGUCCUCGAUGUUGAACCUCUUGAAGCAAUCCAGAUAGACCUCGAUACAGAUGAAGACGCUUCGGUAAUCAAGUGGUUUUAUGAUCAUAAACCGCUUGUCGGAACCAGACAUGUGAAUGGCGCCACUUAUCGAAAGUGGAAUCUUAGCUUGCCCCAAAUGGCAACUCUAUACCGUUUGGCCAAUCAGUUGCUCACAGAUCUCGUCGACGAUAACUAUUUUUACUUGUUCGAUCAAAAGUCGUUCUUUACUGCAAAAGCGUUGAACAUGGCCAUUCCCGGAGGGCCAAAAUUCGAACCUUUAAUUAAAGAUUCCAACGCUGCAGAUGAAGAUUGGAAUGAAUUCAAUGAUAUUAACAAAAUUAUAAUUAGGCAGCCUAUAAGAACUGAAUAUAGGAUUGCAUUUCCUUAUUUGUACAACAAUCUGCCUCAUUAUGUUAAACUCUCUUGGUACCAUGCCCCAAAUGUUGUUUUUAUUAAAACAGAGGAUCCUGAUCUUCCUGCGUUUUAUUUUGAUCCUUUAAUUAAUCCGAUUUCACACAGGCAUUCUGUCAAAGUUUCAGAACCACUUCCUGAAGAUGACGAAGAAUUUGAAUUGGGUGUAGACGUUCAGCCGUUUUUACAAGAAACACCCUUGUACACUGACAACACCGCAAACGGUAUUUCCUUGCUGUGGUCCCCUCGCCCGUUUAAUAUGAGAUCGGGUCGUUGUAGAAGAGCGGUCGACGUUCCCCUUGUCAAAUCUUGGUAUAGAGAGCAUGUCCCACCGGGACAGCCCGUGAAAGUCAGAGUUUCGUACCAGAAACUUUUAAAAUACUUUGUCCUGAAUGCUUUGAAGCAUAGACCGCCGAAACCACAGAAGAAGCGCUACCUUUUCAGGUCUUUCAAAGGGACUAAGUUUUUCCAGACGACAACGCUUGACUGGGUAGAAGCUGGUCUCCAAGUCUGCAGGCAGGGAUAUAAUAUGCUUAAUCUGUUAAUCCACAGAAAAAAUCUCAACUACCUUCACCUUGACUACAAUUUUAACUUGAAACCAGUUAAAACACUUACGACAAAAGAGAGGAAAAAGUCUCGGUUCGGAAAUGCAUUUCAUCUUUGUAGAGAAAUUCUAAGGCUCACUAAGCUUAUCAUCGAUUCUCAUGUCCAGUACCGUUUAAACAAUGUUGAUGCAUUCCAAUUAGCAGAUGGACUGCAGUACGUAUUUUCGCAUGUAGGCCAGUUGACGGGAAUGUACAGAUACAAAUACAAAUUGAUGAGACAAAUCAGAAUGUGCAAAGAUUUAAAACAUUUGAUUUAUUAUCGUUUUAAUACUGGCCCAGUUAGUAAAGGACCAGGCUGUGGAAUCUGGGCACCGGGUUGGAGAGUUUGGCUCUUCUUUAUGAGAGGGAUCACUCCUCUUUUAGAAAGGUGGCUAGGUAAUCUUCUUUCGAGACAAUUUGAAGGUCGGCACAGCAAAGGAGUUGCAAAAACCGUAACUAAACAGAGAGUUGAGAGUCACUUUGAUCUUGAACUUAGAGCAUCUGUGAUGCACGACAUCGUAGACAUGAUGCCGGAAGGUAUUAAGCAGAACAAGGCGAGAACAAUCCUUCAGCAUCUUUCGGAAGCUUGGAGAUGUUGGAAGGCCAACAUUCCAUGGAAAGUGCCAGGUUUACCGAUUCCGAUUGAAAACAUGAUCCUUCGUUAUGUCAAAAUGAAAGCCGACUGGUGGACUAACACAGCUCAUUAUAACCGAGAGCGUAUCCGUAGGGGUGCGACUGUAGAUAAAACUGUGUGUAAGAAAAAUCUCGGUAGGUUGACUCGUCUGUACUUGAAGGCGGAGCAAGAACGUCAGCACAAUUACCUUAAGGAUGGACCUUAUAUUUCGCCUGAGGAAGCUGUGGCUAUUUAUACAACUACUGUGCAUUGGCUCGAGUCGAGGAGAUUUGCUCCGAUUCCUUUCCCCCCGUUGUCAUACAAACAUGACACAAAACUACUUAUUUUAGCAUUGGAAAGACUUAAAGAAGCAUACAGUGUGAAAUCCCGGUUGAAUCAGAGUCAAAGAGAAGAGCUUGGUUUGAUUGAACAGGCUUAUGACAAUCCUCAUGAAGCUUUGUCAAGAAUCAAAAGACAUCUUCUGACCCAGAGAGCAUUUAAGGAGGUCGGUAUAGAAUUUAUGGACUUGUAUUCACAUCUAGUCCCCGUUUACGACGUGGAACCAUUAGAGAAAAUCACAGAUGCCUAUCUCGAUCAGUAUCUUUGGUAUGAAGCAGAUAAAAGAAGGCUUUUCCCUCCUUGGGUCAAGCCGAGUGAUACCGAACCGCCACCUUUGUUGGUGUACAAAUGGUGUCAGGGUAUAAACAACUUGCAAGAAGUCUGGGACGUUUCAGAAGGCGAAUGCAAUGUCUUGCUCGAAUCUAGGUUUGAAAAGAUAUAUGAAAAAAUCGAUCUCACUCUACUCAACAGAGUGCUCAGGCUAAUCGUUGAUCACAACAUCGCCGAUUACAUGACAGCCAAAAACAAUGUUGUUAUUAAUUACAAGGACAUGAAUCACACAAACAGUUAUGGAAUAAUAAGAGGAUUACAGUUUGCUUCAUUUAUCGUCCAGUAUUAUGGGCUGGUAUUAGAUCUUCUUGUCUUGGGUCUCCAGAGGGCAUCAGAAAUGGCCGGACCUCCUCAAAUGCCCAAUGAUUUCUUGACGUUUCAGGAUACAACAACAGAAAAAGCUCAUCCUAUCCGUUUAUACUGUAGAUACGUUGACCGAGUUCAUAUAUUUUUCAGAUUUUCAGCUGAAGAAGCAAGAGAGCUUAUUCAAAGAUACCUAACAGAACAUCCAGAUCCAAACAAUGAAAACAUAGUUGGGUACAACAAUAAGAAAUGCUGGCCGAGGGAUGCUAGGAUGAGGCUUAUGAAACAUGAUGUCAACCUCGGUCGUGCCGUUUUCUGGGACAUAAAGAACAGGCUUCCCAGAUCAACGACCACAGUCCAAUGGGAAAACAGUUUUGUUUCUGUUUAUUCUAAGGAUAAUCCCAACUUGCUUUUUAAUAUGGGAGGCUUUGAAUGCAGGAUUCUUCCAAAAUGCCGAACUACACACGAUGAAUUCACUCAUAAAGAUGGUGUAUGGAAUUUACAAAAUGAAGUCACUAAAGAAAGAACAGCACAGUGUUUUCUGAGAGUUGACGACGAAUCCUUGCAAAGAUUCCAUAACAGGGUGCGACAGAUUCUUAUGGCUUCAGGAUCCACAACAUUUACUAAGAUUGUCAACAAGUGGAAUACAGCUUUAAUAGGUCUGAUGACUUACUUUAGAGAAGCUGUUGUCAACACUCAAGAGCUGCUGGACUUAUUAGUGAAAUGCGAAAACAAGAUUCAAACACGUAUAAAGAUAGGUUUGAAUUCUAAAAUGCCUUCAAGAUUCCCUCCUGUGGUGUUUUACACACCUAAAGAAUUAGGAGGUCUUGGUAUGCUUUCUAUGGGUCACGUUCUUAUUCCACAAUCGGAUUUGAGGUGGUCCAAACAGACGGAUGUAGGAAUAACCCAUUUUAGAUCGGGUAUGAGUCACGAUGAGGACCAGCUGAUCCCUAACUUGUAUCGUUACAUCCAACCUUGGGAAUCUGAAUUUAUCGAUUCACAGAGAGUGUGGGCAGAAUACGCCCUUAAAAGACAAGAGGCGAACGCGCAGAACAGGCGUCUGACCCUCGAAGAUCUCGAAGACAGUUGGGACAGGGGUAUUCCCAGGAUUAAUACGCUCUUCCAGAAAGACAGGCACACGCUUGCAUAUGACAAGGGGUGGAGGAUCAGGACAGAAUUUAAAAUGUAUCAAGUACUUAAACAGAACCCAUUCUGGUGGACGCAUCAAAGGCACGAUGGAAAGCUGUGGAAUCUGAACAACUACAGGACGGACAUGAUUCAAGCCCUUGGCGGCGUUGAAGGCAUCCUCGAGCACACGCUAUUUAAAGGCACAUACUUUCCCACUUGGGAAGGUCUCUUUUGGGAAAAAGCAUCAGGGUUCGAAGAGUCUAUGAAAUACAAAAAACUUACUAACGCUCAGAGAUCUGGUCUGAACCAAAUUCCAAACAGAAGAUUUACAUUGUGGUGGUCGCCUACAAUUAACAGAGCCAAUGUCUACGUUGGUUUCCAGGUACAACUGGAUUUGACAGGAAUUUUCAUGCACGGAAAAAUUCCUACACUCAAGAUUUCUCUUAUUCAAAUCUUUAGAGCCCAUUUAUGGCAGAAAGUUCAUGAAUCAAUUGUUAUGGAUUUAUGCCAGGUGUUCGAUCAAGAGUUAGAUGCGCUUGAAAUUGAAACCGUACAGAAGGAAACCAUCCAUCCUAGGAAGUCGUACAAAAUGAAUUCGAGUUGUGCUGACAUUUUGCUGUUUGCUGCUUACAAAUGGAAUGUAUCAAGACCAUCUUUACUAGCUGAUUCAAAAGACACUAUGGAUAACACUACAACUCAGAAAUACUGGAUUGAUGUACAACUGAGGUGGGGAGACUAUGAUUCCCACGAUAUUGAAAGAUACGCCAGAGCAAAGUUUCUAGACUACACCACAGAUAAUAUGUCAAUCUAUCCCUCGCCCACGGGAGUGCUUAUUGCCAUCGAUUUAGCUUACAACUUGCACAGUGCUUACGGGAAUUGGUACCCAGGGUGCAAGCCUUUAAUACAACAGGCCAUGGCUAAAAUAAUGAAGGCGAACCCAGCCUUAUAUGUGUUGAGAGAGAGAAUCAGGAAAGCACUCCAACUUUAUUCUUCAGAGCCGACUGAGCCUUACUUGUCUUCACAAAACUACGGAGAACUAUUUUCUAAUCAAAUUAUCUGGUUCGUUGAUGACACCAAUGUGUAUCGAGUCACAAUCCACAAAACCUUUGAGGGUAAUCUGACAACCAAGCCCAUCAAUGGAGCAAUUUUCAUAUUCAAUCCCAGAACAGGACAGCUUUUCUUGAAGAUCAUCCACACUUCCGUCUGGGCAGGGCAGAAACGUCUUGGCCAGCUGGCCAAAUGGAAAACAGCUGAAGAAGUCGCUGCUUUAAUUAGAUCGUUACCAGUUGAAGAACAGCCUAAACAGAUCAUCGUAACAAGAAAAGGAAUGUUGGAUCCUCUUGAGGUCCACUUGCUGGAUUUCCCUAACAUCGUUAUCAAAGGAUCUGAACUGCAGUUACCCUUCCAAGCCUGCCUUAAAGUUGAGAAAUUUGGAGAUCUUAUUUUGAAAGCCACAGAGCCGCAGAUGGUAUUGUUCAACUUGUAUGACGACUGGCUCAAGACUAUCUCUUCUUAUACGGCCUUUUCACGUCUUAUUUUGAUUUUGAGGGCGCUUCACGUUAAUACAGAAAGGACUAAAGUUAUGCUCAAACCCGAUAAAACAACAAUAACAGAGCCACAUCACAUAUGGCCUACUUUGUCUGAUGACGAGUGGAUUAAAGUUGAAGUCCAGCUUAAAGAUCUCAUUCUUGCAGAUUAUGGUAAAAAGAACAAUGUAAAUGUUGCAUCAUUGACACAGUCUGAAAUUCGUGAUAUCAUCUUGGGUAUGGAGAUAAGUGCACCUUCUGCUCAGAGGCAACAAAUUGCCGAGAUUGAAAAGCAGACCAAGGAACAGUCGCAGUUGACAGCCACGACGACAAGAACUGUCAACAAACAUGGAGAUGAAAUCAUAACUGCAACUACUUCUAAUUAUGAAACACAAACAUUUAGUUCAAAGACUGAAUGGAGAGUAAGAGCUAUUUCCGCUACUAAUCUUCACCUCCGGACCAACUACAUUUAUGUGUCUUCUGAUGACAUAAAAGAAACAGGAUAUACAUACAUUCUUCCGAAGAAUGUUCUCAAGAAAUUUGUUACAAUUUCAGAUUUAAGAGCACAAAUUGCAGGUUAUUUGUACGGUGUGAGCCCUGCCGACAAUCCGCAGGUGAAGGAAAUAAGAUGCAUUGUUAUGCCGCCUCAGUGGGGAACCCAUCAGACUGUCCACCUCCCCCAGGCAUUACCAAAUCACCAGUUCUUACGAGAUAUGGAGCCACUCGGCUGGAUACACACUCAGCCCAACGAACUUCCUCAGUUAUCCCCUCAGGAUAUAACUACACAUGCCAAAGUCAUGGCUGAUAACCCGUCUUGGGAUGGGGAAAAGACAGUUGUUAUCACAUGCAGUUUCACGCCAGGAUCCUGUUCCCUAACUGCUUACAAACUUACUCCAAGUGGUUUUGAGUGGGGAAGGCAAAAUACAGACAAAGGGAACAAUCCCAAGGGUUACUUGCCAAGUCAUUAUGAAAAAGUACAAAUGUUACUCUCCGAUAGAUUUUUAGGUUUCUUUAUGGUGCCCGCUCAGGGAUCUUGGAAUUACAAUUUUAUGGGUGUGCGUCAUGACCCGAAUAUGAAAUAUGAGUUGACGCUUGCGAACCCAAAGGAAUUCUACCAUGAAAUCCACAGGCCUGCACAUUUUCUUAACUUUUCUUCACUUGAGGAAGCUGGGCUGAGUCUUGGAGCAGACAGGGAGGAUCUGUUCGCUUAAACAUUCUUUAAAAUUGUAAUUGCAUUUUUUCUUUUUUUGUAAAUUCAUUUUGUGAAUAAUUUUAGUUUGAUUGGAAACCAUUAAGAAAAGUUAUUGUGCAUUAGUUGUUAAUGGUAGUUUUAAGUUUACUGUAUAAAAUUAAAUUUAAUUAAAAAACUAUUCUUAUCAACAUUAA